AGACAAUAGACAUUCUCUGGUUGUACGUUGGUACUGUGUCUCAAGGAUGUAUGACAAAAUUACUAUGACUGUAACUGAGAAUCUAACACGACGAUAAGAGCUGUCCCAUAUGACUUCUGGCCUCAGGAUAUGGAUAAUGGACAGGUCGGUGAGGAAGAUGGGGGGAGCCUGUGGCUCUUCCUGGGCUGGGUUGCCUCCUGUGUAAUGGUGUUUGGAAGUGCAGUGCCAUAUGCCCCUCAAUACCAUCAGAUCCAAAGAACCAAAAACACAGAAGGCUUCUCAACACGGGUUUGCCUGGUUCUCCUCGUUUCCAACAUUCUACGGAUCCUCUUCUGGUUCGGGAAGCGGUUUGAGGUGACUUUGCUUCUUCAAAGUGUGGUGAUAAUUUUCACUAUGCUGGUUAUGCUGCACCUCUGCUGUUGUAUCCAAAACAGCAACCGGAUGAGUACCAAACAGCACCACAUCACAGAUUUAGACCCACAGUUUUUUUGGAGCUGGGAUGGCUUUGAGGAUUACCUAAUCUUCCUGCUGGCCUUCACUGUGCCUUGUUCCUUUAUCACCCUCAUCCUCAUGGACUCUGCUCUGUUUGUAAAUGCUUUGGGUUCACUGGCAGUGAUGUCUGAGGCCAUGCUGGGGAUACCACAGCUGGUCCAGAACCAACGGAACCGCUCUACAUUGGGCAUGAGCAUAAACAUGGUGCUGCUAUGGAUGGCCGGAGACUGCUUCAAAAUGGCAUACUUUGUGUUAAAUGAAAGCCCUUUCCAGUUCUUGUUGUGUGGGCUUGCUCAGAUCUUAGUGGACUUGUGCAUCCUCUUUCAGUCAUUUUUCUACAACCAGGAGACAUUGGACAAGCUGGAGUAGCUACAUCACCAAUUCCACGUACAGACUGCACGCACUGAAAAAAAUUCUAGGUUGGGUUAUUUUUUGCCAAGCAAUUUGACUGGGUUGUUUUUGAAACAUUUAAUAUUUUUUUCUUAAAAAAACUAUUCUUGCUCCAUUUUUAGUUUACUUUAAAGUUGGUACACUUACAUUACAUUUCUUAUUUAUAUUAUUUGCUGCUCUUUGCUUUUAUAGGUCAAUCAGUGCAUACUUUGCUUUAUUAAAAAACUCUCAUUGCCUAAAUUGUUUCCUUUGCAUAUUGUGAGAACGUUUUGUGACUUGAAGCCAUUUUUCAUGGUUAGCAGGUGAAACUGUUUUUACAAUGUCAUAGUGGUUCAUUUCCUGGUUCUGGUAACACUGCGGGUCUGCAGACAUGCUGAUGAAAGAUUAAACAUUACAUCAUGUUGCCCUCACCUUUUACUGCUUAAUAAUGUCAUACACUGUAGCCUGUUCACAGUAAAUCCUUCAGACUAAUAUCAAUUUAUGUGGAUAUUUGUUGAUAAAGUGGUUUGUAAUCUGCAGUGCACACUUUCUGGGACAGCAUUAGAGUUCUUUGGUAUAUUGCACAGUGAUACACCUUAUAUACAUGUCCAACAAAACAACUGCUGAAUCAAUUCUGUUUAUUUGAACAAUUUACAACUGCAUAACUGUGGGAUUGCUGCACCCACAUUUCGCCUAUCUUUACAGAAUUUGAGCUUGUGAGGUCAGGAUGGUUUACAAGACUAUGUAUUCAGGCUGCAACUGUAGAACUGUUGAUGAAAAGUCCCUUAACACCUUAUAUCAAUACCAUGGUUGUAAUAAGUCAGUUAUAACUACCCCAGUUGUAGUCUGUUUAUUCAUUAAAGUGGAUAUGUAAGUAUGGUAAACUGCAAAAUGUAUGAAAAAUUUAAAUUAUAGUUGCAAAGCAAGUGUUUAAUUUCUGGAUAAUAUAGAUUGGAUUCUAGACAACCUUGACUUUGAAGUGUUAACAUGAUAACAAGGCUUCACUUACCAGAUUUAGAAUAUAGCAGGAUACAACCAUUAUUGUCACGUUACACUGACAUGAGGGAUGAGUGUAUUUUGUUUCAACCCCACAAGGGAGAGGACAGCUUGGGAUAUAAUUACAUUUCCAUUUAUCUUUCCCCGACAUUCUCUCUCUUUGUCUCUGACACUGUGCCUAUGUGUGUUUUCAUAUGCCAGCUGUUAUUGUUUGAAAAAACAUCAUACAUGCCAGACUACAACACCACUCUUGCAGGAUGGCAUGUAUUUCACCUUCACCUCCAUUGUUUGAUGAGUGCUCCAGGACCAUAAACAUCACUAAAGGCAAACACUGCCUCACUCAAAGUGAUUCAACCACAUUUUUACUCUGACCCCUAGAGCUACUGAGUUGUGGUACGGAAGAACCUGUUUCUCCUUGCAAUCUUCCAUCAACAAGGAUGAACAUAACAUGUUGAAACUGGAUAUUUUGUAACUCACCCAUGUAACAAUGUUCCUAAAGUGUUUAGGAAAUACACUUAUACAUUCUUUUCUAUUGAUUUCAGUUAAGUAGGUGUCUGUCACGAUUCAAUUGAUUGACCACAUAUGGAGGUUGUGGAUCACCUGAAAGGACAAUGAAAAUACUGUAUUAAAAAAAAACCUGUAUACAAUAUUAUAUUUAUUUCAAAACAGGGAGUUCCAAGAUUAUACUGUUUAUGUUAGUACAAUAAACAGUACCCCUACUUCCUCUGUGCAUUGGAUGGACUAACCUUAUAUGUUCCAUCCACAUGGACGCCUGGUAAAAUGAGAAGGGACAAGGUGUAAGUAGACACUAUCCAUGUAAU